ACGGAAAUUGUGCGACGCCUCCCCUUUAAAACACUCUGACGCCUCGCCAGCGGCUCACGCGAAGAUUCUCCGGUCAAGAUGGCAGCAGCUAUGGAUGUUGAUACCCCGAGCGGCACCAACAGCGGGGCGAGCAAGAAACGCUUCGAAGUGAAGAAGUGGAAUGCAGUGGCGCUUUGGGCCUGGGACAUUGUCGUGGACAACUGUGCCAUCUGUCGAAAUCACAUCAUGGACCUCUGCAUAGAGUGCCAGGCCAACCAAGCAUCGGCCACAUCUGAGGAGUGCACUGUAGCCUGGGGUGUCUGCAAUCACGCUUUCCAUUUUCACUGUAUUUCUCGCUGGCUGAAAACCAGACAGGUGUGCCCUCUAGACAACCGGGAGUGGGAGUUUCAGAAAUACGGACACUAGCUGUAAAACUGUGGACUGCUUUCUUCGGCUUCUGCGAGUGUGCUGUGCUCACAUAACCCGCUCCUGUACUAGUCUUAUGCCUAGACCCUCCCCUUAUUUUUUGCCCAGGUGUUUUAGUUUAGGUUAGCUCGAAAACAACUUUUUUUUUUUUUUUUAAAGAAAAUAUUCAGUUUGCAAUGUUGUACAUUCAAAAAUAAACAUCAAUAUUCUGUCAACACAGA